UAGGUUAAUAUGGUGGCUAGAGUCACUACAGCUGACUCCUAGUGAGUGUGAAAACAGUAAGAAAAUGCAUAAUAAAAUGUAUUUGAACACUUAAUUUCAUUAAUUAUGUCAAAGUUAAAAAAAGUCUAUUUAGUUAAGUAUUAUAUUUUAAACACAAAUUUAUAACAAGAACAUCUUCAAACAAUAGUUACUAAUUACACUUGCUACUUGGAACUUUGUUGUUAUACUCUCGCGUUUUAUGAAAGUUGAACUGCACUGUUUUUAUAAAAAAAAAAAAAAGUAUAAAACAAUUCAUUAUAACAUAUUGAGAACAAUGACUGACUCAGAAAAACUCUUUGUCUGUUCUACAUCCAGCUGUAAUGUGAGUUUUGCAAAUGAGGAUCAAUUAAUAUUGCAUAAAAAGAAACAUGAUAUGAUGUUAAACCUCGGCAAUAAUUCUAAGAGCGCUGGAUUUGUUGCAGAUCAAACUCCAACUCCAACAAGAUUCUUCAAAAAUUGUGAGGAAGUUGGUUUAUUUCAGGACUUGCAAAAUGUAGUGAAUCCUUUUGAAGAGACAUUUCGAAGAGCUGUUGAAGAAGGAAAUACUGGAACACUUAAUGUACCAGAGGCUGGGAUUACAGAUGACACACUACACACUCCUCAUAUUUUCCCUUACAUAGCAGACGUACUGCCAGGAAAUAGUCAAAUUCUUUCGGAAGAUAAUGUUGACGAUUGUUCUCCCGCCGUGUCUCUUAACGAAAAAAAUACAGAAGAGGAAAACGCGCUAAAGUCUGAUGAAUGUAACAGUAUUAAAUUAAGUGCAAACGAAACGCAAGAAUUAAUGAAAAACACAGAUCUCGCGACUACAAAAAGCACUCUUGCGCCGAAUAUCAUCGUUUCAGACACGAAUACAUCUAUAGUAUCCGAAUUGUCACCAACACCUCUGUCACAUCUGUCCAUUAAUGGCGAAGAAGUGCAGCUUUUGCUUAAAACCGCGGAUGGUAAAUUGAUGCAACUAUCGGCAACACCAAUAUCCGAAGAGCCUACCAAUGUACUGAACGUUACUACCAAGCAACAAACCGUCGUUAUUAAAACCGAACCUUCUUUACGAUGCGCGGAGAAACUAGAUCCUAAGAAAAGCGUAAUCACCAGAUUGUCUUUGGCGAAACUGAAAUUGAAGCAGACCUUGUCUAAGAAUACGGACAUACAGAAUCGGAAACCGACUGAAGAAAGCGUAAAAACGAACACAGCUGCUGCCCCAAAAGAAAAUAAUAUCAAGAAAACGAUCGAUCACGUUAAGAAGAAAGAUCUUCAAGAACGCAAUCGCGCGAGUUCUAUGCGCGCAAGAGCCAAGAGAAAGGCAUGGAUACAGGAACUUGAAAGAACGGUCACCACUGUAAACGAAACGAACGCAGCCUUGCAGAUGGAAGUGAAGGCUUUACGCGCGGAAGUGGCAAAAUUAAAGACGCUCUUACUGGCUCACAAAGAUUGUCCGGUCACAAAAGAGAUGCAGAAAGGAAACGGAAUAGUUCUCGGACCUAAAAUAAUAUCGGUCAAUAGUCCGGAGGUAGUAACGAUAUCGGCCAGUAGUCCUGUAAAACGAUCGAUCUCCAGCGCAGGAUCUUCAAAUAAAAAGUCAAGAAAAAAACCGACUUUGUCGAUCACAAAGAACCCAGUGAUAUUGCCUAAAGUAGAUUGCGCGACAAAUCUCACUAUUCCGACCACGGCGAUCAUAAAGGGUUUACCGGCACUAGCGAAGAUCGUAGAUGUGAAUCAGUUUUUGCCGGAGAAACCGGAGGAGACAAAACAGAUACUGAUCGUGCAAAAUCAAUCGGCAAAAUUGUGCGAGACCGCGCAUAGACAGAUUAUUCAAAUAAAUCCGAAUUAUGAAAUCGAACAGACGACACCCCCUAAGAGUAUAGGAACAUAACCAAUCGUUUUUGAAAUGUUUGUGUGACAACAAAUAUUGGAGUUUGUGCAAUUGGCAAAAUCAAAACAAGUUUAUAUAGUUUAUACAUCAUGCGAUAUUAUUAUCGUUGAGAGCACGUACAACAUAUGUACAUAUAAUUCGUGUGUGUAUUUCUUGUAUAUUUAUUAGUUCAAAGUACAAAGAACAGUUCUCUUAAUUUUAUUUAUUAGCCAACGUUCUUGUCGAACAGUAAUCAUUGUCCGAUUAUAAGUUUUUAUAAGUUAACAAUCCAUAUCAAGAAUAUAUUUUUUUAUAAAGACUAGAUAUAUAAAGUGAUAGAUAUGUCAAUUAUUAAUUUUUUUAUAUUAUUCAUUUAUGUCAUUAUUUUAUUAUCUUCAUAAGAUAAAAGACCAUAAUAAAACAUUUAUGAUAAGAAGAGACAACGAUUUAUUCUAUCUUCAUAAGAACAUCCUUUAUGCACAUUCUUACAUACAAAAUUCUUUAUUACAUACAAAUAAAUACUAAAGCCGACAUUGAUACUUGAAUCUUAUAUUUAUUUUGAGAUUAAUUUCAGUUUAUCUUCAGAUGGUUUUUUUUUGUAACUAAUAAGGAACAGCAUUUUCAGAUAAAUAGACGAUCAAACACAAUCGAACUAUACAGGAAUAAAUCUUACAAAGUUCCAAAAUCUUACCUUACCGAAAGCUAUAGUACACGUGACGUAAAAUAUAGCAUUUUAGUAACCAAGGUAGGACUUUGGAACUACGCCAGGGAGAUAGUAAGUUAAAAUUUAAAAGAGAUAUUCCUUAUUAGCUUAUUGUUUGAAGAAAAGAUCCCCAUAAACAUAUGAAAACGCUUUGUCUUCAAAAUACAAACGUGACAAAAUUGAAAAAAAAAAAAAAAAAAAAAAAAAAAAAAAA